ACAAAAAUACACCCACAUUCCAUUCAUACUUUGGAAGAGAUAUGUGUGUAAAUUUUUAUAGAAAAUUGACCUAUAUUUGGAAUUACACAUACUCUCCUUUUCUAGUUUCAUCUUCUCCUUUUAGAGCGCCACCCACAGUCCCUGACUCAUAUCGCUCUCUUGCUGGCUUCGCUCAGUAGAGAGAGAGAGAGAGAGAGAGAGAGAGAGAGAGGCGGAGAGGAAGAAAAGUGGAGUGGUAGAACCAGAGAGAUAAUGGAGGAUGAGAUUAGAGGAAGACUUGAAGCUCAAAGAUGUCUAGGAAUAGCAGAGAAGCUUCUCACGGUUCGAGAUCUCGUCGGAAGCUAUAGUUUUGCAGCUCGAGCGCAAGAAAACGACCCUUUUCUUGAUGGAGUAGAUCAGAUCCUCGCCAUCGUCGAAGUCCUUCUUGCAGCCGAGAAGCGGAUCAACAACCACUUGGACUGGUACGCAAUACUGCAACUUAAUAACCAGUCUAAUGAUCUGGAACUCAUCAAGAAAAAGUACAGGAGACUCGCUUUGCUCUUGCAUCCGGACAAGAACAAGGCUGUCUUCGCCGAUAACGCCUUUAAGCUUGUUGUUGAUGCUUGGGCUGUGUUAUCUAAUCCAUCCAAAAAAACCCUCUACGAUAACGAGCUCAAUCUCUUCUCCAAGCUCGUUUCAAGCCAACCCCUACAGCAACAACCAGUGAAGAUAAAUCCUCGGGACAAGAAGAGGAAAGCGACGAAGGAGCAAAAUUUUAACUCCGGUAGCAGCAGGAUCCCGUCGUUGAUGUCUACGUUCUGGACGACCUGUCCAUACUGCUAUAAUCUCUAUGAGUACCCUAGGGUUUACGAGGAAUGCUGUCUCAGGUGUGAGAAAUGUAAGAGGGCUUUUCAGGCUGUUAUAGUUAGUUCCCUUCCUCCGUCCUUACCUGGAAAAGAGGAGUUCUACUGUUGUUGGGGUUUAUUCCCUUUGGCCUUCUCAGUGUCUAAUUCGGGUAGUGGUAAACCUAAAUUUCCGAGCUUUCCUAAUUCGAUGUCUUCACCUCCUAUGUUUCCACCCCCUCCUUCUACAGAGAAAAAUGCAGGGAUUCCUGAAUGGAUGCCCUUCUCUCCUAUGUUUCCAUCUGAAUCUCAAGGGGAAGGUAAUCGUUCUGGUACAGCAGCAGCCGCAGCAGCAGCAGCCCAGAUUAAUUUAGAUAAUGAUGGUGAUGAUGAUUGUAACAUUAUUGAAAAAGGGAAUUUGACUACUGAUGUUCAGAGAAGAUCUUUUUCAAAUAAGAAACCUGACGAGAACUGUCCUGGUGAAGCUAAGAAGGAUGGUGAGAUAAGGACGGAGGCCUCCAGAGUUACAAUUGCAAAGCCUCAAAUGAGGAAGAAGACAGUUGCAAAGAGAACUCAGAAACAGAGGGGCAGAGGACCCCAUGAUAAGAAAGCAGAAAGUAGAUCAGCCCGAGAAUUGGAGAAGCUUGAUUUGAAUGGGGAAUUGGGGAAUGAGGCUAAGGAUUCUGAACCCACAACUGGGGAAGGAACAGAUGCAGGGAGUGGAGAUGAAGAUGUUGCUUCAGGGAGUGGCUUCUUUGAGGGACUUGAUGAAUUCCUGGACAAUCUACCUAUACUUAAUGCUGUAAACGAUGGUGGAAAGGUCGAAGGAGGUAAUACAUAGUUCAUAGUUUGGGGAUUACUCACUGGCUUUUGUUUGUAAGUUUUAUCUUAGUGGUUGAUGUAACAACCAGCGACCAGAAUUUUCGCUUUACUGGUUGCCCUCUUAGGUCUGAUGUAUAUUUUGCAGCAAUGUGAUCUUAUGUUAUCUAAAACCAUUUCAGAUGGGUUUUUUUUAUGUA